AUGCGGGGCGCACGCCGCCCGGCCGCCCGCUCCCGGGACGCCGCGGCGCUCCUGCGGCUGCUGCUGGCCGCGCUGCUGGCGGCGGGGGCGCGGGCGGGCGGCGAGUACUGCCACGGCUGGCUGGACGCGCAGGGCGUCUGGCGCCUCGGCUUCCAGUGCCCCGAGCGCUUCGACGGCGGCGACGCCACCAUCUGCUGCGGCAGCUGCGCGCUGCGCUACUGCUGCUCCAGCGCCGAGGCGCGCCUGGACCAGGGCGGCUGCGACAACGACCGCCCGCAGGGCGCCGGCGAGCCCGGCCGCGCGGACAAGGACGGCCCCGACGGCUCGGCAGUCCCCAUCUACGUGCCCUUCCUCAUCGUGGGGUCCGUGUUUGUCGCCUUCAUCAUCUUGGGGUCCCUGGUGGCUGCGUGCUGCUGCAGAUGCCUCCGGCCCAAGCAGGAGCCCCAGCAGAGCCGGGCUCCAGGGGGACCCCGCCUGAUGGAGACCAUCCCCAUGAUCCCCAGUGCCAGCACCUCCCGAGGCUCCUCCUCCCGCCAGUCCAGCACGGCCGCCAGCUCCAGCUCCAGUGCCAACUCGGGGGCCCGGGCACCCCCGACCAGGUCCCAGACCAACUGUUGCUUGCCCGAGGGCACCAUGAAUAACGUGUACGUCAACAUGCCCACGAACUUCUCCGUGCUCAACUGCCAGCAGGCCACCCAGAUCGUGCCCCACCAGGGCCAGUACCUGCAUCCCCCGUUCGUGGGGUACGCCGUGCAGCACGACUCGGUGCCCAUGACUCCGGUGCCCCCGUUCCUGGAUGGGCUGCAGACGGGCUACAGGCAGAUCCAGGCCCCCUUUCCGCACACUAACAGCGAACAGAAGAUGUACCCAGCUGUGACCGUGUGA